GCCUCCAUGACGAUCCCACGCCGUGUGAGUCGAUAGGCCAAUCCCCUUGCUUAUGUAAUCACGAUGAGAGUGGGACAAGGGUACCUGAUAAGAUCUCGAUAGCAGCCACAGAAAUCGUAGGGCAGUACGAUGGGCCUGGCUGGAUACGCACCCUGGUAUCUCAACAUACAAAAUGACCAACAUCGCCGAUGACGAGGCCACAGAGGCAAUUAUCGUGGCAAGCUGCAAGCAGACGCGCUUUCAUAUAUCAGACACCAACAAGUCUACAGAGAUUGAUAUUGUUGGACUUAGCCUUGGAAUUGCGCCCUCUGGAGCCGCUAGGAAGGCGAAAAAAGGGAAGGGCAAGGCGGCUUCUGCCCAAGAGAAAGAGCUUCUUGUCAAUGCCGAGCUAAGAUUGAAGUCUGGCAUUCACUAUGCGCUGCUGGGGCGCAAUGGGAGCGGGAAGUCAACAAUCCUCCGCGCACUCGCAGACAGGAUAAUCCCCGGUCUUCCACCUUCUCUCCGAGUCGCCAUCCUUCAACAGACAAGCACAGAUGCUGAAAACCCCAGGCCAGCAAAGGAUGGUCCGAGAACCUCAGUGCCGGAGGACACAACAGUGUUGCAGCAUGUCAUCGAAGGAGACCAGUCACGUACUGCUCUAAUCCAGGACCUGCAAGCCUUGGCAGGAACAGAUGCAGAUCGUGAGGAUGUAAUAACACAGGUUCGAAGGUAUCGCCAGAUGCGAUAUAACCGCCUGAACCGUGAUCUGCUCGAGGUGCAAAAUAAUGCCUAUCGACGGAGUGGAGCGCGUGGGUCGCAGGCCAGGAAGGACCUUAUUGCGUUUGAGAAGGAGGUUGCGGAAGCAACGGAGAAGCUUGCAGAAGAAAUCACAGACUCCCCUGCUAUCCAAGAUGAAUUCCUCACCGCGUCGUCCCUCCUAGUUGACCUCGAAGCCGAGCUGGAAACGAUGCCCCUACCAGCCCUGGAAACCCGCGCCCGCUCUAUCCUCACAGCCCUCGGCUUCACCGAAGCCACCCUCGCCAAACCCAUCCCCACUCUCUCAGGAGGCUGGCGCAUGCGCGCCGCCCUCGCGCGCGCCCUCCUCCAGAAAGCCGACCUACUCAUCCUUGACGAACCCACCAACUUCCUCGAUCUCCGAGCAAUCAUCUGGCUUCAAUCGCACCUCAUCGCCCUGCGCGAUAGCCAAGCCGGUACUACUGUGCUCCUAGUCUCUCACGACCGCGAGUUUGUGGAUAGUGUCGCUGAGGAGGUUAUUCUGGUUAAGGAGCAGAGCCUCGAGUAUUUCCGCGGCAAUCUCUCAGCGUACGAGGAGGACUUUCGGUCACGGGUUCUGAAUUUGACGAGGAUGCUGGAGGCGCAGGGGAAGGAGACGGCUAGGCUGGAGAAGUCGAUUCGGGAGACUAUUAAGGUGGGGAAGAAGACAGGGGAUGAUAAUAAGUUGCGCAUGGCGAAGUCGCGGCAGAAGAGACUUGAAGAUGGCGCGGGGAUGCAGGUUAAUGAGAAGGGACAGCGGUUUAAGCUGUCUGAUCGGAUGGGCUGGUUCGACAGCAAACACGCCGCCAUCGAAAUCCCCAAAGACGAACAAGGCGUCUCCAUCUCCCUCCUCCCCGCCCCCGACCUCCGCUUCCCCGGCCCCCUCCUCUCCCUCGAAGACGUCUCCUACCGCUACGCCCCCACCUCCCCCCUGGUCCUCCAGAACAUGACCCUCUCCAUCCACUUGGGCGACCGCAUCGGCAUCGUCGGGCUCAACGGCGGCGGUAAGACGACGUUGCUUAACCUGCUCACUGAGUCUCUCCGCCCGAAUCGGGGGGCGGUGACGAGGCAUCCCAGGCUGAAGUUGGGGUAUUAUUCGCAGCAUGCUGUGGAGGAUUUGCAGGUUCUUGGGCGCAAGGAGGAGGGGCUGACGGCGUUGAAAUUGCUGGCGGAGGAUUCGGCGGGGGAGAUGGCGGAGCAGGAGAUGAGGGGGUUGUUGGGGUCGUUUGGGUUGCAGAGACGGACGGCGUCGGAUGUGCCGCUUGCGAAGUUGUCGGGUGGUCAACUUGUCUGCCUAGCUCUCGUCCGCAUCCUCUGGUCCCGUCCUAACCUCCUCAUUCUUGAUGAAGUCACGACCCAUCUCGACUAUCGCACCGUCAUCGCCCUGGGAGAAGCGCUCAUAGACUACAGCGGCGCCGUGGUGCUGGUGACGCACGAUCGCUACCUCGUGCGCCGCGUGGUGGAGGGGGAGGUAUUCACCAACGGCGGGGAGGACGAAGGGGGCCGAGGCGAGGAAGAAGAGGAUAACAGGAGGAGAGUGGUGUAUUCGCUGAGUGGGGGGAAGAUGAAGGUGUUGGAGAAGGGGAUGGAGGGGUUUGUGAGGGUGAUGGAGAAGAGGGUUGCGAAGAUGGGAAUUUAAGCGAGUUAACCUUGUUGUGGAUGGGAGUCGGUGUUGUAAAUGGGAGUCGGUGUUGUAAAUAAGGAGGUGAGAUGGGGAUAUGCCAUCGCAACGUUUUAUGAUUCCCGCCUCCUACGAAUCGCACUCUUCCCGCAACCCUUCACGACCUUACACAGACAUGCCGGCUCCCGCUCCCGCUCUCCCCCCUCACUCGCCUCACGCGCCCGCUCAAGGGCCCCCACGCCCCCCCCAAGCGUGCCAUGUCCAUACCUCCCCCUCUCAAUCGGACUCUCCACCCGUGGGGAGUAUGGGGAGUAUGGCAUGUUUUACAACUUCACCCGAGUCCUCAGUGAAUAAACCCAGCACGCCCAUCUCACUCACCAUCAUCCUCACACCAGUAUUACCUCCCCCCCCAAAAAAAUAAAUAAGGGGGGGCACAACAACCACCCCAUUUCACGUGAUCAUCCCCCCCCCCUCCCCCCCC